AUGGACGACAAAGAGGCUGCGAAGGCCAAGCUGCUGAUUGCCACGCUGCAAAAGUACGGCUACGACCUGGAAGACCCGACGCGCACGAGCUCCACCACAAGCACGGACUCGAGCAACAGCCUGAACGAGUGGAGUCCCGACGACGACGUGGACGCCGCUGCUCGUCGCGUCAGCGUCACGUCGUCGGCUGGGAUCUUGGCCUUGCGGGACCGCAAGAACCAGCAGAGCGCGCUGCAUAUUGCGGCCAAGAAGGGGCAUUUUGACGUGCUGCGCGCGCUGGCGAAGCUCCCGCGCCUGUCGGAGCACGUGAACGCAGGCGAUCGACACUGCAACACAGCGCUGCACUUUGCAGCGAGCAGUACGCGGUCCAGUGCGCCGUCACUGGUGGAGCUCCUGCUGAACUUGGGGGCCACGCCAGCAGCAGUGAACGUCCGUGGGCAGACGCCGCUGGCGAUCCACAUUAUGACGGCCAAGCCCGAGACGCCCGUGACUAUUACCAAGCUCAUUAUCAACAAGUUCCGACAGCUGAGCUCGUCGACGUCUGCUUCUCCGCCAUCACCAACGGAUUUGCGGACUUUGGCGCCCUGUGCGACGCUGAACGAGCUCGUGAACGGCACGACGUACUUGCACAUGGCUGUGGACCGUCAAUUGGGUGACAUUGGUGGCGCGUUGGUACAGGGUGGUGCUUCGAUUAACGUGCCGGACCAGAAUGGCGUCAUGGUAAGCGACACGAUCCCGAAGAAACUACUGGUCAAGCUCAUUACGUUCAUGACCGAGGGCUCACAAAUCGCGCCGUCGGAUAUUGUGCGCGGCAGUUGCAAGAUCUGUCGCAAUCCAAAGAGCUUGUUGGACCCGUUGAAAGACUGCAUCUUGUGCGGCCGCGCGGUCUGCAAGAACUGCUCGGAGAAGGCGUCCGAGAUCCGCAAAUCCACGUCCGACGGUAGCCAUACGGCGCUCAAGGACAAGGAUGAAGGUCGAUUCUGCGCUGUGUGCUGCACGGUCAAGAUUCUGAAAAGCAAAAAGCACAAUGAGCGCGAGAACUUUAACAAGAAGCUCAUGGGCUGCAACAUGAAAUAG